AUGGGCCACAGCGAGGAUCCUCCUAUCCUCCCACGGCGCGACACGUCUUCGUCUCGAGCAUCCAUCGAGGUCGCGCAGCAGGCCGUCGAUUUCACCAAGCAGUCUGAGAAGCUUUCACAUCAGGCAUUGGAAAAUGCCUCCCCGGCAAUUGCUGUCCAGGCGGACUUCAUCACGCCGCGGGACCCCGUCAUUGUCACCUCGGAUGGAAACCGGUUGCCAGGCGUGCCCCUGGAGGAAGCCCACAAGCUCAACGUGCUGCGCGAGGAACUACAGGGCCAACUGGACAAUGGCAGGGCUAAGAAGCAGGCAGAGGCGUCCGAGUCGGCUGAGCAUCACCAGCCCAUGCUUGGCGGCGAGCGUCAAAAGGAACACUGA